AUGGCCGACGAAUUCAACUGGGAUAUGCAUACUCAAGGUUGGAUCCUUAGCAGUUUUUCCGUUGGAUAUUUAAGCAGUCUGGUAACAUGGUAUAAGAACGACUCAUUACGUCUAAGUAGAUCGCUGGCGGAAGUGCUGCCAAGAAGUAUGGUGGCAAGCGUGUCCUUACUCUUGCGGUCUUCUUGUGGUCUAUUUCAGCAUUUUUUACACCAUAUUUCGCGUCAUCGUGGCUGGUUAUGAUAUUCUUUCGGUUCCUUCUUGGUGUCGGCGAGGGCAUAGGUAAGCCGUUUCCUCCAGUUAAUCUUGUGCCAGAGGGUUUUGCGUAAUUCUAAUGGUCGCCCACCACAUAUGGUUUUAUUUGACAAAAUAGGUUCCCUGACGACGUAUACGCAAUAGAACAUCAUUUUAUGUCUCACCAGACUUUUUGCUUGAGGUUUGAUUGACGAGGUUUUCUGUACAAGCUAACUUUUAGUGUCUCAUUUCGUUUUACCUUUCGUCAUUCUCGUCAAUCACGCUCUACUACGUGUUCCUGUAUAUAACUGCCGGCUGCUCAUCAUUUUUGAUUGACGAGCAGGGGAAAAUGCCAUAUCGGGCUGCCUGAAUCGUAAAUCAAACCCAGUAAUACGCCCGGUAUUAUAGUAGCUAUAGUCCAACAUAAUCGUGGAACUGAAAACAAACAGUCCGAAUUGAGGCGGGGGAGGGGGGGACUCGACGAGUUACAUCCAUAGCUUAAGUAUUCAGCCAGCUAAAAAUUAUUCGUGAGCUUGGUAACAGUACAGUUAAGACCUUUUGUCGGGAAGGCGAAAGGAGACUGGGAUGGCUAUUUAUCGCUUUCUUUUCCCGUCGGCUUGCAGUUCCGAAGGCACUAACCAGAGAACCUGCGUCUUAAACCUGGGUCCAGUUUCCGUUGGUUUCGGUCGCCCCACCAGCCGAGCCUUGAGCACGCGCAUGUAUUCGAUCAUGUAGGAGUCGCGGUCGCCCACGGCCCGGUUAUAGGGAAAAUUACGGGAUUUACAUUUUGUACUGCGUAUCCUGAAAAGGCGAAACAGUGUUGAGGAUUGUUGCUGUGCGAAGUGGAGGAUAAGGGUUUUCCUCUUUUAUCGAGUCUAGAGAAUCACUUCUCAAGGCACUUAAUCACAUCACUCACUUGAAUAAAUUUUACGCGUCUGAAAAUACAAUGACUAGCCAGGAGUCGUGGCAGGGAAGGCUGUCAACUGGCAGGCUAACUCGAUCGUCAUGGAAGUAUUUCGGAGCGAUCAGAGGACUGAGAGUCAGGCCGCACUGGCUCCUUUAUGUGUCCUUAUGGAACUCUCGCGUGUGAAAUCCGAACCGCCUUUACAGAAGCCAAGUACAUGUAGUGGGGACCAAGUUGUGUUUCACACGCAGACAAGCUAUUUAGCUUCGUCAGCUACUGCACCGCAUCUACCUGCGGUCGUCUGGACUUGGUCGUGCUGUUGGAGCAGGACGACUGAGGGGAUGGGGAGUGCGGUAGAUGUUCCACAAGUCUGUGUCAUUAUAAAACACCUCGUGCUCAAGUUACCGGCACUGAGCUCAUUCCGUGGGUCGAGUGGUGGUCGUCAUUGCCCGCGACUGUUAAAUUGUUAUUACUAGUCUUUGGCGCAUGACUGUCAUUAAUAAUUCCAAAAGAAUGUCAGACAAGCAUGUUUUCGAGAAACUCCCGGACCUAUACGGCUGUAUAGCCGGCUAAUAUCGACGUUGAAAUCGUAGCAGGAUUUAGGUGUUAAUAGCUACUUUGAUGUGUCUGUUAAGAAAGUUUUAGGUGUUACGAGAGGACUUGAAGAACUACCCAAGCCCCCUUUGCACUUUGUACCCAGUUAGUAACUUGCUAUACAGUUGUACAGGCUGGAUGGGUAUUUAUCGAAGAUAUAUUUAUGUCGGUCUUCUUUGGACCUAUAAGCGAUAUCGUCACCUGUGUACUAGGUUGCACUUUAGUCCUAUGGCAUAAGAUGAUAUUUUAUGGGUAAGGUUUAUAUACCGGUUUGUCUGUGUGCCGCAAGUCUAGAUUUGGCCCACUUCCAACUCGGUCCCGAGUGAAAUUAUCGUUUGUUAGAUCUCGUAAACCUACACAGUCGGUGAUUUGCAUGCAGCAUCAACUCCAAGAUUUCAGAUUUAAAAAUAGGGAUCUUCGAUGUUUUGUUGGCGACGGGUCUUUAGUAUCUCUGGUGAGUUGUUUGUUUUUCGCGUUCUGCUUAUGAGGGUUAAGAUUAGAACCGGAUUCUAAGAAACCUACAUUCUACUGUUAAAUCACUAUCAACUUACCCCUUUGUACCCCACUCCGCAUCGGCAGACAUGACAAGGGAUCUCAUGGGCUGAAAUUCAAUCAUUUGUAGUUUUUCUUCUUUUGUGGAUUUGGGAUUUUGACCCAGCGCCGGCAGAUCUGUCACUUUUGCCUUUUUACUGAUUGGCCGAAGUUGCUUCCCUCCUUUGAGACCAUAUCUGAGCCCCUCAUAGCUAAAGACAUCGGGGUCGAUGAAAAGGCCAUUUGCACGCAUCGCAAAUCUGGCAAAUAAAACCUGCCACGCGGUUCGAUUGCCCACGACAACCGUUUCACCUCAGAAUAAACUGCCCUUCCCUCCCCUCAUUCUUCAUAAAAUGUCUCAAGCGGAAGCAAAACAAGACUUGACUCAAAGUUUUAUUCUAUUUAGGUCUUCCGACCAUUUUCCACAUUUUCGCUUAUGCGGUCUCACCUGAGGAGCGCGGCCGGGCUUUCAGCUACCUUAUUGCGAUGGGAUCUAUCGGCCAGACAGUAGCCGGUCUUAUCUGUCCUCAUCUCUACUGGCCGUUGGUAUUCUUCAUAUUUGGCGGGACCGGUCUCAUCUGGGUUGCAGUCUGGAUCCUAUUUACAAAUUCCGUUGGAGAAUGCGGACUAGACGCUCAGGAGUACUUUGCACCACCUCCUAACGUUAGUAUCUGCCCUACACAUAAUGAAAAACUGCAGUCUUGGUAAUUGCGUAGGUAACACUAAGAGCUCUGUUUUCUGUUUUUACUUGCACCUUGUCCCAUAAAUCUAUUGCCGUGCACUUGAAUGUCUUCGCCCCACAGGUCUCUGGACAGUCGACUCCGUGGCGGGAAUGCUUCACCAGACGUCCUCUCUGGGCGAUAUAUUGUGCCCAUUUUAGUAUGAACUGGUCUAACUACAUCAUAAUGCAAUGGUUGCCAACCUAUCUCGUUCGGUUCCUGGGUGGCGGACCGACAGAAAUUAUGCUAACUGCCCUGCCCUAUGUUGCAAAUUCUCUUUGCGGCAUUGGUGAGUAACACUUCUUCAGAGACAAUACUUUUUAGUAGCUGAUGUGUUUUGAUAGACACAUUUUCAAUUUUCACUUUGAAUGCCUGCUCUGCUUAUCAUGCCCUCAAACAACACUCCUUUAAGGGACGAGGAUGCCUGGUGAAAUCGCAUAGUACGGUGCCUCAACAUAUGGUCGUUCCCCUAUCCAUGAAACACGAUAAGUCGAAAGAACCGCGACAGUCCGAAGGCACAAGUUGCCAGACACCACAAGUUGUUGUGUCGUUUUCAUGUCAUAGACAAUCAUGGCGUCCCUAGAAAUGGGUAAUCUUGACCAAGAAAUCUUGUGUACUUGGCUUUUUUCGCUAAACUGUGCGGCUCAUUUAAAGAUGCCUAGUGUUCUAGCCUUACCCAAUGGAUACGUUCAAAUGCCUACAUCCUUGGGUACUUAAUCAUCCACUAAGAAGAGCGUAAUCAUUUUCUUUCCGGUUUGUACUUUUAUCCCUGAUUUCUGAACUUCAACGCCUGCGUUAUUUAUGAACAUCAAAAGAGGAAUACUGAACUACCUCCCGUUAAUGCUUGCUGUCAUGCAGAUUCUGUAUACCUACCGGACUCCUGUAGCUUCGGGCAACGAGUCUCAGAUAAUCUGUUCUUUGGCUCUUAGUAUUUUUCCUCAAUACCUUGUAGCUUCCGGCCACUUUGCAGACAAUCUUGUCCGUCGUAGAUGGGGCGUCCUUUGUGUACGUCGGUUGAUGACAUGCAUUGGACUUGUUGGACCUGGUCUUCUACUCUUUGUUUUUUCCGCAUCAAGUAGCAUCCCCGUGGCGGUGUUGUAAGUCCGAAUAAUUUUUAUUUUCCUCUCUAAGCAAACUUUUAGUUGUUUUAAGUAGGUUUUUUACCCAUGGUGCAGCCAUAUUUUGCAGAAGUUAUUUGUCCUAGUUUAUUCAAAGGGUGCAGUACCGAAUUUCGAAAAAAAACACAUUCAAAGUAGCUCACUUCUUUCCGCAGGCUCGACGUUAGUCCAACUUUGGGGGUCGAAUAGUUUAGAUCUUUUUUGAAACAUUAUAAAACACACUAAAAACGAGUCACAACUCGAGACCAUUGCGUCCUCAUGCCGGUUGCUAUCCACCCCAUGCAGAUCGCAGAUGAAAGAGAGGAUGCUGAAAGGAUAUGGCCGCAUAAGAACGGUUGGAUGUGAGCACUGAAAGGAGCGUGCGACCACCAUGGAGUUGCUUAACUGGCCCAGCAAUGCACACUUAGCGUCAAUAUCCGUUCGAGUUGAAUCCUCAAUGGUGGCUGCAGGACAGCCGGUGUGGUCAUGUAUCGGCAGCGGACCUAAACAGCAGCGCUCACGAACGCAUGUAAAUCUGCUGCCGCGCAUGGUAUGAAAUUCUCAUGGUGCUAGGUGUCAAGGACUUCUUAUAUUAAUUUCGGCAUUUCUGACGGCCCAUUACGUCUAAGCCGUGUAAUGCAUUAUUUGCGAAGUGCAAUAACGCUGUCUACGUUCGGACUUGCACUUUGCCGGCGUCGACUCUAACUCAGUGUUCAGGGGCGUGUCUGGUCAAACACAUUCAUGCUUAGCAACUCGUAGAGAUUUCCCUUGGCCGGCUUUCGAUAGCGUGGUGCUUGAUGUCUCGUUCGGACUGAAUUACAAACGAUCCCCCAAUCAGCUUCCGGUUCUGAACUUUAGAACACAACUCAAAAAGAAACAACUUGGAGAAGACUAUUUAUGUCUCUCGUGGCGCUGGACUUCACUCCCAGUUAAUGGUACUACUGCUGAGUAUACUAUGCCCUCAUUUUCUGACCUUGAGCAUUGACUAACUGGAUGUAGGUCAGCGAGGUUUGCGUUAAAGAUACAAAAAUACGAGAUAAAUCGCAUCACGGCAACUUUUCAUUGCCGUACAAACUUGAAGGGACACACCGAAAUCAGUUAUCUGAGUUACAAUUCAGUUAUUUUCUGACAGUUGUCUGCGUGUGUUGAUAGCAGUGCAGGCAACAUCUCGCAUCUCAAUUCAUUAUUUUCUGACUUCAAAGGAAUUAUUGUUAUAUCCUUUCCCGCAGUUUGAUUUCACUGUCAAUGGGUCUUUCGGCUUGCAACUCCGCAGGCCAUCUGAGUAGCCACGCUGAAGUCGCGCCAAACAACGCAGGAAUUACAUUUGCGAUCAGCAACACUUUGGUACGUCUUCUCACCUCGCUUAUUUUAUGAGGACCAAGCGUUGAGUGAGAAUCUUGGCCGCCAGCUGUAGCCACCACCUACUGCAGGUGUCGGAGCUCAUAAUACGGAAUAUUUAGAUACUUCUAAGAAUAGAAGAGAUUACUUAAGCGAGCUUGCAAUGCUGGUCAUCAGGGGACUUAAUCUCAACUUACCUAGUGGCCUACCUGUUAGCUGAACACCGUUCGAAUGACUUUUGCCAGUUUAACUCGACGACAAACCCCUACUUUAAGCAUCGUCUGCCUUUUUUUUCUAUCGAUUUCAAUGCUUUUGUGAAUCUGGUUACAUUUUCUAGAAAAGAUUCGCGGGACUUUGACUUUCUACACCAUUUUCCUGGUAGUCCCUUCCUUUCAAACUGUGUUCAUUUACUUACGUAUAUUUUGAAACGUCCGCACGUUUGUUCCGAGAGUCGCCAAACUACAUAGUACGAUCAUUCUAUAGAAGCAGCGUCGCAUUUAUCUUCCCGUUCAACGCAUGUAAAUUAUUACGAUAGAUCUGCAGCAUGUCGCUUCGAAUUUUAACCUACAAAAAUACCCUUGUAGACGUGUCAGCAGUUUCCUCAGCUACAUAUUCAUUCAAGACCGAAAUAUUGCCUUUUAAAAUUUAAAGAGGACGCAACUUCUUUAAAAAAUUGGUAUGAAAAUUACACUUGUAUGGUCAUCUUUAGCAGUCCGAGUCAGAAGGAUCAGCGUUCAUCGAGCUACUUUGUUAGAUAUCUGACAUUUAAAAAGCAAUUAUGACUCAUCAGAUACGGUCCAACCCAGGGUACCAUCCGCAUUAUGGAACCUCUCUUUGAGGCUCGCCACUUUGGGCGUCUAGUAGGUCGUAUUUAUAGGCCGCGAACUGACCAUUACUACCCAUAUUUGCCAUCCGGGCAUUUUAGUCACCUGAGGUCCUGCCAUGUGGUUGCGCAAGGCCGCGUAGACCGUAGCAACUACCGUCUCCUGUCUUGUUGGAUAGCCGAAACUUCGCCUCACGAUCUCGAUUGCGCUGAAAUUGAUCUCAAAGCGAAUUUGGGCACCAUGGGAUGCUGCCCGGGAACUCUGCUCCAACCUGUGUACCCCGAGUUGGUCGUGCAUCCUGGUCCGCGUUUAAAAUGGAUUUCAUCAACACACUUGCAUUUCCUUGAAAUGUACUAUAGCCGGCAGGCGAUAGAUGACUUGUUGCCGUUGAGAAUUUAGACUCUGUUCACAUCAAUUUACGGCGUUGUCAAUAUUAAUUGCCUGCCUGUGAGGGCUCUAGGUUACGCCUCAAGGAGUAGGAGGGCGAGCAUGUCCAUAACCUGAUCGGUGAACGCCCUUCCAACAACAGUUAAUAUCUCCGACUACAGUCGAAGAGUAAACAGUUCCGUGGCUCAGUGAUAUAGCCUUGGACUCAAAGAACGCUCAAUAUCUGAAUCCUGACUCGAACCCGAGGUCCUGAAAGUCUGUGGUUGGGUAUGACUACCUGACGACGACUAAUACGCCGAAAUGGUAACCCAAAAUCUGCCUUGUUUUUGUCGGCCUCUCGAAACUAAUUAUUGCCUGCUCAGAUAAACACUGCGUGUUAUGGCGCGAAAUUGCACGGAAUUGCCAGUCAAAAUUGUCAAAGUGAGAGAACAUUACUCGUUUCUUAAAACGGGCUAGUUUUCCAUACCUGGUCCCACCUGAUGUGCGCAGACAGAAAAUUAGGCCUUCGAGUUUCAGAAGAUGCCUGACACAGGCUUUUCCCACUUAAAUUAAUACUUUCUAGUAGCGAAAUGCUCCCAAUUACUCGUCUUACCUGCGACUCUUAUUAGCCCAGGAAACUACCCUAGUAUGAUGUAGCGUGGGUAUUUAGCCACAAUAUGCCGUUAUUCUGUAGUAAAAUAGCUCGGAAAAGUACGCUGAGUAAAGGACUUCUUAUGUUAUACCAGCCUAAUAGCCAGAAAUAAGAUCUCACAUACCUCCUACGAAUCAAUCGAAUUUUCGCCAUCCCGUCCUGAGCCUCGUCACUUACUGUCGAAGUCUGUCGCAGAGGGACAUGUGGUUUGCCGAUUUUUGGAGGACCGUAAGACCUGCCAUAGCUCCCUUCGCGGGUUUUACCACACAGGGGUCUUUAUUGAUGAUGGUUUCACGGUUUUUGCCUAUAUCAGAUUCUUGUUAAUCUUUGAGACUAACAGAUCGUUUAAAUCACAGGGUGUGUGUGCGGCUUGCUCCGGUAGUCUACCCUGUCUAGAACGACUGUUGGCCAAUCUUUGUUAGCGGACAGGUUGAAUAUCUCAGCAUCUUCGACUUCCAAGGUGUUGUGCUUCUUUGUUAACACUGAGCUCUUAUAUUGCAUGAGGGAAAUUUACUUUUGACAGAACUCUCUCGACUCGCUGACUGAGUGGCCGACGACCCCUUGUUUGUCUGCGGCAUCUUCUUGACCUCCUGUAUUUGACUGGCUUCAAAGACUGCUGCCCCAUUUUCGUCUGAUGAGCAUUCAUGAGUUUCCCAGGUCGCCUGAUUAAUUCUGAGGGCGGGGGCGAGGUCCACUGAACGUCCGUAUGACAUCUUUUGUCCCUCAUCAACGAAUGGCUGUAACGAUUUCGCCGAAGAAAAGUCGUUUUGGAGGCCUUAAUUAGUCACUUCCACUACACGAUUGUCUCGCCGGAGCUGAAUCUGUUUAAGCGUCAAAAAAUGCCAGUAUAUUUCAGGACGUGGUUGUCAGGAUUUCUUCCUGCUACUGCCUUCCAAAUAAUUCUAGAGUAGAUUAUAUGGAAACGGUCGUGAUCCUCCACUUGGUCUCGAUAGACUGUCCUGGUCUCAUUUCAUAAUUUAGCAUUGCCGGACGGCAUUACCUUGCAUAAUUCACUUCUUGCUAAGAGUGCCACAACAAUUCCAAACGGGAGAUUACAGCCUUCCCAAAGCUUGGCUUGAUUUUUAGAUAAAGCUGUAAUUUCAUCGUCAAUGGUAAUACACGAGAUGGUGCUUCGCAGGAAUUACAAAUUAUCCGCACCUGCGAGACGCCGGUAAUUCGCAGUGAUAAUUGAACGGACUGUCGUCAGAAAGCGAAGGCCAUGCCCUUGUCUUUGGCGAGUUUUGUAGAGACGUUUAUGCUGAGAACCGUCUUCUCUGUAGGCGUAGAUGCCAAGGCGCUUAUCCCAGUAAACUUUCAUUGAUAUCCCUGAGAGGAUAAAGCCAAAGGAAUGUGGGGUGAGGACUCAACUCGACUUCACUCAUUUUUUGGUGGGGACAACUGAAUUAAUCCGUUGUAGAUAAGACGGACACGCAUAGUGUGCUGGAGUUGCCUUAACCAUCAGUGAUAAUUUUCCUAGCCACCAAAAUUAUAAUAAUCCAUUGUCCAUUUUUGUUCGCCAUGUGGAAGGCUUUUAAGAGGUUGACUAAGAUAGAAUAGAGGUCUGACAGUAUUUCUUGGUACUUCACUUGCAGUUGUCGACGCCCAAGAUGCAGUCGGCAUGUCCACGGUGUUUAUGGAAUCCGCACCGCGUCUCUGUCAGGAGCUCUUGUCCCAGAGACAACGCAUUUUGCGUCUUGAAUCCGUUCUAUUUUUUCUUGAUAUCAUAAUCUUCCAUAGGCUGAAUUUGAUUCAACUUGUUAUUCAUCCUACAAGCCAGUUGUCUCCCGCCUUUAGUCUUGUCCAGCGAAGUUAUGUUUAGCUUAUUUGACGUCGUUUCACCCUAUGUCUUCCCUGCAGUUAGACUUGCAGCUUGCAGGCGGCCCGGCAUUCGGCACCAUGCUGCCUCAAGAUUUAGGUCCUGGCGAGCAUGCAGUCCGGGUGUAGUCAGUAACACGAAUACAAGAUUUUUCGUCCAGUACGUAAUUGGCCGACCGCGGUCUUUCUAUCAUAUUCAAUGACGCUCCCAGGUGUAUAUGUAGUUCUGACAAAACACCAGUUCAAAUCGGUUUGUUUUUGGGCCGUAAAAGUUUCAGCGUUGUUUUCUAAGUCAUCCGUAAGAGCGAGUUGUCGUUUUUGGUCAAAUCUCAUCCGGUGGCACUCAGCCUUGAUGAAGGUCCUCUCUUCUGGAUGACUUUCUCCUCAGAUGCAUACGGUGUGUCACAUAAAUGAAUAACAUGAAUGACCGCUACAUCUUUAGCAUGAAAGACACGUUUUCUGGAAGGCGUAUUUUGGAAAUAAUUCUGUGGUUGCCGGACUACUAUUAAUUAUGAUAGGAAGACGAUUGACCAGAAUUUUUCUGUAAUUCACUUUUUUUUAAUCUGAGAGUGGGAGUGGCCUUGCCUCCCACCUGAUGCGUAUGAUGUCAAAAUUGUUGCUAAACUUGAAGGUGCUACCGAAUCCUAUUUAAGUACAAACUUUUGUAGGCUUGUUUAUGAUUACAUCUGUUGAUUGCACUUUCGUCUCCCAGGCCACAAUACCCGGAAUUCUCUGUGGUCCGCUGACAGCUCACUUGGUAGUUCAGUCAAACGGCCGUUGGUUUCCGGUUUUCAUUCUAGCCGGCUUUGUGAACAUUGUUGGUGCGGUCGUCUACGCGGGCCACAGUUCCGCCACACCGGUGAUCUGA